AUGGCAGCGAAAUUGGCUUUUUUUCCGCCGGACCCUCCGUCGUACAGGGUGGAGGAGGAGGAGGGGACGGGGAGAUUGCGGAUGAUGGAGGUUACGGAGAAGGAGAACGUGGAUGUGUUAAAACUAAAGACGAAGAAGGGGACGGAGAUCGUGACAUUGUAUAUUAAGAACCCGGAGGCAAAGCUGACGCUGUUGUACUCGCACGGAAACGCCGCCGAUAUUGGCCAGAUGUACGAACUCUUAAAUGAGCUCAGCCUCCAUCUUCGCGUCAAUUUGAUGGGGUAUGACUAUUCUGGGUAUGGACAUUCCACUGGAAAGCCGACUGAAGAGAACACUUAUGCUGAUAUAGAAGCUGCAUAUAGAUGCCUUCAAGACGCUUACGGAGUGAAAGAAGAAGAUAUUGUAUUGUAUGGGCAGUCUGUUGGGAGUGGACCGACUUUGGAUUUGGCUUCCCGUUUGUCUAGAUUAAGGGCCGUUGUUCUUCACAGCCCAAUUCUGUCUGGACUUCGAGUGAUGUAUCCAGUUAAGCAGACAUACUGGUUUGAUAUAUAUAAGAAUAUUGACAAAAUUUCGUUGGUCCAAUGUCCUGUCUUGGUCAUUCAUGGUACUGCAGAUGACGUUGUGGAUUUCUCCCAUGGUAUGCAACUUUGGGAGCUCUGUAAAAAGAAGUAUGAGCCAUUAUGGGUUAGAGGUGGCAAUCAUUGUGACCUGGAACUCUACCCGGAAUACAUUAAGCAUUUAAAGAAGUUCAUAUCAGCUGUUGAGAAAUUAGUCCAUUUGAGUGUACCAUGCAUGGAUCAUACUGACAAUCCUUGA